AUGCCAGCCCUCAGCCCACAGUCACUGGCCCCUUUCCUCUGCCUGGAGAGUGUGUGUCAGUGCAAGCAGUACGUCUCUGCUGAGGAGCUCUGUGACCAGCUGUGCCUGCUGAGAGCCCCACGCAUCUCCCUGGCAUUUGGCACCGACAGGGAGCUGCUCCUGAGGAUGGGUGAAGGAGAAGUGAGGGAAGUGGCAAAUGUCCUGGGCCCAGAUGAGCACGUGCAGAACAGCCAGAGGGUGCAUUUGGUCCUGUUCAGCCCCAGUGGAGUCCUGGGUUUCAUUGUCUCCAGCACAGAUGUUCUGGAUGCGUUUCUCAUGGGAGAUUUCCCAUCAAAUCAGCUGCUGCAGAAAGGUCAUCGAUUCCAGAGGAGUUCCUCCAAAGAUCCCCAGGCCUUGCCCCUGGUUCCCAACCCUGUGGUGUGUUUGGAAGCAGGAGACACGAUCCUUUUCCAGCUCAGCAUCAAUUCCCAGGAUCGUGCAUCCAGCCAUUACCCUGUUUAUCAGAAGCAGCAUCUCUACAACAGCAACCCCAGCUGGGAUUUUGGACCCUUCCGAAGGCUAAACCACCUCAUCCAGGAGACUCACCUCAACCUCUCCUGGUUUGCCCAUGUUUUCCUGGAGUCUGGCACAUAUGUUUUCAGGGAUAACACUGUCCAGGAGCACUUCCUGAUUGUGACUGUGAAUGAAGCCAACGUGAGCUGUGACGCCAGAGCUGUGCCCUUCCAGCCCUCCUCUCUGUUCCAGCUGGCCAGACAUGGGGUUUUGAAGCAACAGGAUCUGAACUUGGCUCCCAACUGGGCUGCUAUCACAGCCCUCCUCUUUGUUCUGGGCUCCCUCACCGUGGUGCUGACAACCCUGGCCAUAGUGUUCCAGCCUGCUGGCCCUGCCAGCAGCCCCCUGAAGGGCUGGAAGCCACGCUGGAGGAGCCUGGGUGAGCCACACAUCCCACCAGAAUAUAUCCUCCUUAAGGACAGCCUUCAGUUUUAUCAGAUGCUUGGUCCUCGAGGCUCUGGAGGAGAUGCUGCUUCUGGAGAAAAAGGAACAGCCCCCAGUGCAGGAGAGCCCUUGGCACGGAGGGUCCUGGAGGAUUUCAGCGUCCGCACCCUCUAUGACAAGCUGGAGGAUCAGAACCUGCACGUGGCAGCUCAGCUGGCAAAGCACAGGAUGGACGUGCUGGGGUUCUACAACGGGAUCAGCCACAGGAUUCAAAGCCUUGUGGACAUGGUGCAAGCACUGGACCCUGAUGCCCUGAAAAUCUUUGCCAGGCAAAGGAUUUGUGGGCACAAACCUGCAGACAGCAGCGGGGCAGCAGAGGGUGAUGAACAGGGUGAUGAACACUGUGGGAACACCUUCCAGCCAGGUUCAUCAGGUGCUCCAUGGCAGGAGGUGAGAGAGUUAAUGAAAGCUCUGGAAGUGCUGCUUGGGAAUGCUCUGUGCAGGAAUGGAGCUGGGAAGGGAGAGAAGGAGCACAAGGUCCAAGCACAGGAUGCAGUGCAGGUUGUGCCCUCCCUGGGCAGCCUGGCCAGUGACAGGAAAUCAGGAGUGCAAGGGCAGGAUCACGAGCUGCCUCAGCAGUGGAAGCUCUUCAGCAGGAAGGAUGCUUUUUUCAGCUUCCCUGGGCAUGAAGAGCGUGGUUUAGAUCUCCAGUUGCCUUACCUGACUGAAUUGGAGGUGGAGGGCCUGGUAGCAGCUUCCCCCCUUGCCAAGACCCUGUGUGAGAUCAAGCAAGCCUUGGUGAACCUGCAGGAACCUUCAGACCCUGAUAAUCCAGACAGCGACCACCAAACCAGCGUGGGGAGCUCAGCCCUCCUCUGAGCUGCUGGGGCUGCAAACAGGGCUGGAGCUCUGCUGCUGGGAUGGAGAGGAGCUGCCCUGCUCACAGAAUUGAAGGGACAGAAGCAGAAGCAUUUCAUCUCCUGCACAGUACAAUAGCCACCAGCUCACUUCCUUGAGGAACCUUAUCCCUGGCAGUGGCUGAAGGUGGACUGUGUGUGUCUGAGGACAGAGCUGCUUUACCUGAAAUAUCAGAAUGGAUUCGUAUCUAAUUAAGGAUGUAUUUAGUCAAAUACAUAAUGGGUAAUCCAUAUUCUGUUUGCUUAACCUUGAAAUGCUUUCACACUGCUCUUGGAUUAUCAAUAAUUUGUGGUCUGGAGAAGGAAGCUGAGCUUCUUGAUGUCACUGAUUUUAGAGUUCUCACUGUUAAGUCAGUGAAGCAGAAAACAUAAGACCACAGGUGGCAUAACUCCCCCAAUUUAUCAGUGUAUUCUGUACAGCUUUUGUGAUCUCUGAUAUGAAGGAUGUUUGUGACUUUUUCAAGUAUUUUAGAGCCACACUUUUAAGCCUUGCCCAUCCAUGUUUUCAGUACACUCAUGCUGAUCCCAGUGAGUUCUACUGACAGACACCCUCAGGGUCUCUACAGAUGUGAUUUUUCUGAGCAAAGAAGCCAGUUAAAUUAUUCCUGUAGUGGUGACUGCAGGGAUCUGUGCAGCUGCUGGACUCCAGUGCUGGGAGCCUGAAAUUAAACUGCAAACAUCCUUCCUCCCAUUCUGCUUCUGCUGACCUGUCUCUGUGAGGGCAGGAGAGCCUGGCUGUGAGGGGAGCACUGUUUCUGGGCAACAGGAGCAGCAUCACCUGCUCCAUCCUCACAAUAUUCCUCAGCUCCGGGUGAAGUGCAGCAACACAAGGUUUGCUGACUGUGAGCCAGCCCAGUGCCCUGGCAACCCCCCCCAGGUGGGAUUGAGCUCCCAGAGCAAAGCCUGCUCUCCUCUCACUGCAAUAUUUACUGACUUGCUUGUGUGUGGAGAGGUUUGUGAGCCUGCUCCUUCCUGGUUCCUCGACACAGACCCGUGUUUGCUCCUUCUGCCUUUGCAUAACCAGGGGGGGUGUGAAGAGAGGGACACCUGGUUGCCCAGGAGGCCAGACAGAAGCUCUCAGGUUUGCUUCCACUGGCAGGUGUGUCUGGUGGACCCAGAGGAGCUGCAGGGGGGGGUUUUUUUUGGCCCUCAUCGACUCAUUUUGCUGGUUCCACGUUUUCUGAGCUCGCUCCCAAACACAAAAGGUUUGUUUCAGUUCCUUUGCAGCUUCACCUUGGGAGAAUUUAGGUACUUUACUGACACUUGGGAGGGACUUCCAGAAAAUACAAACAAUGCAGGGCACCUGUACGUCACUGUGGUUGCCUGUUGUGGAAUAUAGUAGUGGGAAAAAAACCCCUGUUGUUGCUCUCUUCACUGCUUUCUAUUUUAGGUUAUCAGCAGAUAUGCUUAUAACAGUCCUACAUGGAGGUAAGAGCCUGCAGUGCUUGCUGUCUCUGAUAUCCACAGGGAAACGUGGUACCCAGCAGGUGAUAAAGUUAUCUCUGGGAUUUGGGGUUGUAUUUGUAAAAG